AUUAUACUAUGAGCUUCAACAUGUUGGGGAAUAUGGAAGAUAAAGCUGCUUUAACCAGCCUCGAUGAUCUUCCAUACUUUCCCGAAAAGUAUACCGGAAAAGUUUGUUGUCUCUGUAACCUGGGAGAGCGCAGUGCUCUCGGUCAAGGAACCAUGUUUCAACUAAAAGUGCCUUCUGAUUUCAAAGAGAAGAAUUCCGCAACUCAACCAAGUGAUGCAGAUAAGGAAAAAGUUGAUUCAUUGCGUAGAAUCAAGUGCGGAUUAAAAACUGUCAGCAGAGCAAUAAGCAACACCGAGAGCACCUAUGAAUUGGAUAAAAUCGGCUACACAGAUGUACUAAAUACUUCGUCAUUCCUCGAUGAUAACUUUGUUUAUGUGCAUCGAAUGUGUGUAAUGUGGUCCCUGCGCAAGGUGGAAGUCAAGGAGGGGGAUGUAACUCAGUUCUUAACGAAAUUAGCCGAUUAUUUGGAGCAGAAGUGCAGUUUCUGUGAUCAGUAUGGAGCGUCAAUUAACUGCAAAAUGAAUUGCCGACAAAUGCAUCAUUUUCCCUGCGCCGCUGCUGCCGGUUGCUUCCUGAUCUUGGAGAGCUUCACCGUAUUCUGUACGGAACACUUAAGUCAAGUUCCGUUGAUCUGCAGUGAUAACAAUGUGGAGUGUUUAACUUGCUCAUCAUUGGGGGAUUUAUCCAAAUUGAUCAUGUGCUGUUCAUGUGGAGAUCAUUUUCAUUCCACUUGCAUUGGCUUAGCCAAUUUACCGGAUACUCGUUCUGGCUGGAGCUGUGCACGGUGUACGAAAUGCCAGAUUUGUCGACAACAGGAAGCCAAUGAUAUAAAAUUUGUCAAAUGUGAACAAUGUCAAAAGAUCUAUCAUGCCAAUUGUCUAAGGCCGGUAAUAUCUUCGAUUCCCAAAUAUGGUUGGAAAUGUAAUCGAUGUCGCGUUUGCACAGAUUGUGGCUCCAGAACCCCUGGUGGUGGGAGCUCAUCUCGAUGGCACAGUCACUAUACGAUUUGUGACUCGUGCUAUCAGCAAAGAAACAAGGGAUUUUCAUGUCCAAUUUGCCAGAAGGCAUAUAGAGCAGCGGCCUACAAGGAAAUGGUCAAAUGUAGUUGGUGUCAUAAGUUUGUGCACAGCACUUGCGAUGAGGAGGCCGAUUUGACUGCCUAUCACAAAAGAAAAGAAUAUAAUCCCGACUAUGAUUAUGUUUGUCCCGUCUGCAAAGUGGGAAGUAACAUCAAAAUUGAGCCGCUUGAGCGUUCCAUCGCAGAUCCGCAAGCCUCAGAGCAUUUUAGUAUCAGAGAUGUCGAAGUUGAUCCAUUAAAUGGAAAAUCUUGUGUAGAGCUCAACAGUGAAGAUCCCCUAAAGUUGCCUACGACAAAAAAGAAAAUUUGUUUGCCCAGCAUUCGUGGCAAAGGUGGCAAGUUUGUGCUACAUCGCUUGGGAUCAAUGUCACAGAUUGGAAAAAAGCGCAACAAUCGUGGAAAAGGACGACAGCUUGUCCUGCAUGGCGGCACAAGUGAUCGUUACAUGAGCCGAAAUCAUGAUACGGACAACUCCAGCGACAAGAGGCUGUUGUUGUGUUCGGAACGCGACAAAUUUAUAACAUCGCAGGAUAUAUGUGUAAUGUGCGGCUCCGUAGGAGUUGAAGGCGAUGCCGAAUUAAUUACUUGUGCUCAAUGCGCACAAUGCUAUCAUCCGUAUUGUGCGAGUGUUAAACACUCGAGGGGCAUCCUGCAAAAGGGCUGGCGCUGUUUGGACUGCACCGUCUGUGAGGGAUGUGGCAAGAAGAAUGACGAGGCACGUUUACUUCUGUGCGAUGAAUGCGAUAUUUCCUAUCACAUCUACUGUGUGAAUCCGCCUCUCGAACAGGUGCCACGCGGCAAUUGGAAAUGUUCAUUUUGCACCAUUUGCCAGAAAUGCGGUCGUAAUCCCACUGAGAAGAUUAAUCACAGUGAUUCAAACUCUCCAGAAUGUCCACCAUGCGCCAGCCAAAAUAGUUGCUCCAUUUGCUCAAAAGGCUAUAGCGAUGGAGAGAUGAUUAUACAAUGUGAACAAUGCGAACAAUGGCUGCAUUUUCUAUGCGACUCCAUAAACUCGCAACACACCAUGGAUUAUUACGAUCAUAAUAUGUACAAGUGCAUCAAAUGUCGGUCCACAGGGAAGACCCCUAUGCCAAUGAGUUCAACUACUUUAAAUGAGAAUUCUGCACUUGCAAAGAUUCCCACACCUGAUCAGGGCCACGACGGCAAGGCAGUUGGUCAAAAUAUGCGCUUGACAAACGAGCUGUUGGAGAGCAAUGAGGCCAUUCACUGGAUCGAUGGUGUGUGCUUAAGUGAAAAUGGUUUGAAUAUGAUUAAGUCAUUGUCAACGGAGAUCAAACGUAAGCGGAAAAUGCGCCAGCCGAUUGGCAAUUCGAAUAAGGAUGCACCAAACGAAACGGGUGUCUCCGAUGAUAUACAAAGCGAUAAAUAUAAAGACGGCAUGAUUUGGGAUCGGACGGAAGCUGCUUUACCAGAGGGAUUUACUAUUUCCACGAAUGAUGAUGGUGUUCAUAUUCUGCGCAAGAAGCGACAGCGCAAUUUACAAAAAUUGGGCAUCGGUGGAUUUUCAGUGCGAAAUCGUGCUAUUAAAAAAGACAAUGAGGAUGCUGCGGAUCAACAUGCAAAUGCACUUGCAUCCCAAGACAAGAAAAAGAAAAUUAUACGCAAAAAGCAGAAAAACAAACUCAUCGAAGCCUAUCCAGCAUAUUUACAAGAGGCCUUUUUUGGCAAACCCCUGUUGGAGUCGGGAGAUCCAGUUGUCUACGAUUCAGAUACUUCAGAUGAAAUCGGCACGACAAUGAAAAUGUACUUUAUUCACUCAAAUGGUAAAAAAUCUGACGAUGAAGCUAUCACUAAAAGUCCUGCCAAAACGCUUAAGAAACCAAAAGCGGAAAAAAUUCUUACUGAAAAUAAAAACAUGUUUGGAGACCAAUUUUCAACAGCGACUCAACAGAAUAAAGAUCCUGUAUCUGCGGGCGUAUUAUUUGAUACAUCUUUGACGGAUAUUACAAGGAAUACGAGCGCAAAUAGUAUACUCUCUUUGGAUCCCUUGGCGCCCAAGGGAAUUACGGAAGUUGAUGUUAUAAAUAAAACCGUUAAUUUUAUUGCAACAGCAGAUAAUAUAAAGAGUGAGCCGUUAGUUACAGUUAAUAUUAAUAAUUAUGCGGUGCCUCCACAAGUAACACAAGAACCAAAGUUUCAUAGCAAACUAACUCCUAAAUCGACACAGCUGCAAUAUCAGGCAGAAUCCCAAAAUAUUACGGGACAACAACUGCCAUUACAAACUGAGAAGAGAGAAGAUCCAAAGCCCAAUGAACCCAGCAUAGAAUGCAUAAAUGCUGGCACCCAAAAGACGGCGGAAAAAAUGCGAAAAGAUGAGGAUCUUGGUUUAAUGGCCACAAUCUCUGCUGUCUUGUAUGCAAAUACCGAGCAUGCCAAUCUCAAGGAGGUAUAUCCCAACUGGAAUGACCGAUGUAAGCAGAUCCUCAAGGGUUGGCGCUCCUUGUGCAACGAGAAGAAGGCACCAUUCUUACAAAAAGCGAAGGAUAACCGGUCUGCAUUGCGCCAAAGGCGUGAACAGUGCAAAGUUAGCCAGCCGACAAAACCGGAAAAGCAGGAAGAUAAUCGUACGUGGAAACAACAGCCCUGCAAACCAAAGGAAGAGCAAUCAAAUGUUUUUGGCAACUACAAUGGAAUUUCGUACGACGCAAACUGUUAUAUUGGACCAGCCAUGCACCAUGGGAAUUCACAUCACCCGACUGCCAUUUCUAAUGCAAGUCUAAUAGUGAAAUCUGCAAUACAACAAAGAACUACUACUACUACGAUACAUCCAGCGCCUUCAUCAUUAAAAAUAGCUUCUUUAGAGAACCGAACGGAACAUAAUCCGACAUUUGAACCGGAACCAGUUGGCGACAAAAAGCUAAGAAAUCUAUUGCAAAAAACCAAUUCGGAAGCAGUCAUUAUGAAUUCAAACUCUGAAUUCUUUUUACCCAAUGAUGUUAUGAGAAUGAGUCUGAUACAAAAUACUGCCAUAACUCAAAAUAAUCCAAUGUUAAGUAUGAGUGGGAAUCCACAGCAUACGGAACUUAGAAGUCUUGAACAUGACGGAAAAAGUCAGCUUGAUAUGAAAAUGACAGAGGCUCAGGAAGGGAUAUCAUCCUCGGCCGUGGAAUUAGAGAAUGUUGGAUUUGGAGAUAUAUUGGGUGGAUUCGGGGAAGGCGAUGAUGAUGACUUACUUAAAUCGUUAACAUCCGAAAUUGGCGAUGAUUUCAAUAUACUGGAGUAUGCCGAUCCAGAACUUGACGUCAAUGUCCUCAACACAUUAGACUUUGAAGAAAGCGAAAAGAACUCAGCUUGAUUAUGUAUAUUAUUUUUAGGAUUGACAAUAUUCAUAAUUAUAUUUUCA